AUGCUGGGAGGUUUCGGAAAGCUCGCUAUGGAGGGUCUGGCCCAUCGGGCUGAGAAUGCUACUGAAGGGGCAGUCCACGCGGUUGAAGAAGUAGUCAAGGAAGUGGUGAAGGAAGUGGUGGAACAUGCCAAGGAAGCUGGUGAGAAAGCCAUUGGAAAUGUCGUCAAAGCUGCAAAAGAAACUGAAGAAAAAGCUGUGAAAGAAGUGACCAACACAGUGUCCAACACAAUAAUGCAUGCCGCAGAGGGACUGAACAAACUGGGGCAAUGA